AUGGAACACGCGCGACCUCCCGUAGAAUUAGUGCUCGAAGGCGGCCCCGCUGCUCGAGCAGACUCAUGGCGCAAGUGGCGGAAACAAUUUGAGGUGUUUCUUAAAGCCUCCGGAGUGGCUAACGAGGAAAGUUCAGUGCAGGCUAGUUUACUGGUCAACCUCAUUGGGUCGGCGGGUUACGAAAUCUAUUCGACCUUCACGUACCUCAAGGACGAAACUGAAGACGAUAUUAAGUGUUUGUUGAAAAAGUUUGAUAAGUAUUUUGGGACAAAACCUAAUGUCACGUUAUCGCGGUUUAAGUUUUUUACACGAGGCCAAGAGGAAGGCGAAAAUAUAGAUCAAUAUGUUACUGCAUUAAAAUUGCUAAGUCAAUCUUGUGAGUUUGGUAAUCUAAAUGAAAGCUUAAUACGGGACAGAAUUGUCUACGGUAUCAUAAGUAACAUUGUACGUGAUCGGCUACUUCGUACGGAUGAUUUAACAUUAGAAAAGGCGGUCCAGAUAUGUCAAGUGGCAGAAAUAUCGAAGGAGGAAAGUUCAUGCAUCGAGAAUAGUCCUGGCGGUAGUGAAAUGCGAGUUGAUGCUGUAAGGGAUGCAAGCGGUCGCAGCUACGGCGGUGUACGACGCAGCCGUGGAGGGUCGCGCGGAGCGAGGCGCGGCGGGCGUGGUCGCGGACCGGUGUUCGGUGCCGGGUCGGCAGCUUCGCGAACACGCUGCUUGUCAUGUGGCAAUGGUUGGUGCUCCACCGACGACCGGUGUCCGGCGCGGGAUGCAUUGUGUUAUGUGUGUGAUAAAAAAGGGCAUUUCGCUAAAGUGUGUGUGCAUAAAUAUACAUUACGCGAUAAGGUUUUAAACUUGAAUGUGUGUGAGCCCGAAAACAUGUCAGAUGCCGAAAUGUUCUAUGUGGACAUGAUAUUAAGCCAGGAUAAAAAAUGUAAGUUACCUAAAGAAUGGAAUGUUAUUUUUCAAUGUAAUGGUAGACAAGUGCAAUUUAAACUAGAUACAGGUUCUAUGUUGAAUGUAAUUUCGAAAAAUGAUUAUUUAAACUUAGGCAUGUCGAUUCAUAACCUAAAAUAUUUUAACAAAUGUGUACAAUCUUUUACUGGUAAUAAUUUACCUAUUCUGGGCAUGUACGAAUUACCAUUUAUUUAUAAAAGUAAACAUUACAUUUUACCAUUUGUGGUAGCAGAUUUAAACUGUCAAAAUGUUCUGGGAUUGGAAGGCUGUGUCAUGUUAGGACUCGUAUCCCGUGUUGACGGUAUAAAUAUACAUAAAUAUUCUGAUCUCUUCGAAGGACUGGGUAAGUUACCUGGACAGUAUUCUAUUGUCGUAGAUAAAAAUGUACAGCCAGUGAUUUGCCCUACUAGGAAAAUACCACUGGGGAUGAAAGACAAACUCUUAGCAGAGUUACGUAGGAUGGAAAAAUUAGGCGUUAUCAGGAAAGUUACUCAUCCUACGGAAUGGGUUAACGCUAUUGUGCUAGUAGCAAAAAAGAAUGGUGAUAUUCGUGUGUGUUUGGACCCGAGACCGCUUAACCGCGCGGUGCGGCGCGCGCAUUACUCGCUGCCCACGGUGAGCGAGCUGGCAGCGCGGCUGCGCGGUGCUACGUAUUUCAGCGUGCUGGAUGCGCGCUCUGGUUUUUGGAUGGUUCAAAUUGAUCCUGCCAGCGCAGAUCUUUGUACAUUUGGAACACCGUUUGGUCGUUACCAGUUUCUAAGGCUACCGUAUGGAGUAAAUUGUGCUCCAGAAGUAUUUCAUGCAAAGUUAAGACAAUAUCUGGAAGAUUUGGAGGGUGUUGACUCUUUUAUUGAUGAUGUAAUAGUAUGGGGGAAUACUAAAGAACAACAUGACUUCAGGCUAAAAUGUUUACUGAAUAGGGCUAGAGAAAUUGGUAUAAAAUUUAAUAAGGAGAAAUGUAAGUUUGGAGUUCGAGAAAUUGUUUAUUUGGGUCAUAAAUUCGAUAAGAAUGGGAUAAAACCAGACGAGUCUAAAGUUAAAGCUAUUAUGGGUAUGCCGUAUCCUACAGAUCGUAAAGCAUUGGAGAGAUUUAUGGGUAUGGUGAAUUAUCUUUCCAAAUUUAUUCAAAACUAUUCGGAUAGUGUGUCCGUGCUUCGAAGUUUAUUAAAAAAGAAUUCUGAAUGGCUGUGGGAGCCACAUCAUUCAGAUGCUAUAGACAGUCUUAAAAAUAAAAUUUCAUCUGCACCAGUGUUAGCACUUUACUCGACGGAGCUACCGGUGGUGGUGUCGGUAGACGCGAGUGCUAGAGCGCUGGGAGCGGUGCUGCUGCAGGCCGGCCGUCCAGUGGAGUUUGCUUCGUUAACGCUCACCGACACUCAGACCCGGUACGCACAAAUUGAAAAAGAGAUGCUGGCAAUAGUGUUUGCGGCAGAAAGGUUUAAACAGUACAUUUAUGGCAGGUCAGAUGUUACCGUACAAACUGAUCACAAGCCCUUGGAGGCAUUGUUCAAUAAAGCGUUGUCAUCUGUACCGAUACGACUACAACGCAUGAUGAUGAGGAUACAGGGAUACGAUUUCAAGGUGGUGUAUACUCCGGGCAAAUAUAUGUAUAUUGCCGAUACGUUAUCGAGGGCUCCUCUGCCGGAGUUUAUGCACGAUCGAGUGUCUGAGGAUGUUGAGACGCAAACAUGUUUUAUGAUAGAAUGUAUGCCGUUUAGUAGAGAAAAAAUAGAUAGAGUUCGAAAGGCGACAGAGGUUGAUGAGGAAUGUCAGUUAUUAAUUAAGUACAUAUUAAACGGCUGGCCAAAAAAUGAGCAUAAUGUUCAUAAAAACGUUAGAAAGUUUUGGUCAUAUUGUGGAGAACUCCAAUAUGUGAAUGGGUUAAUAUUAAAAAAUUAUUGUAUAUUUAUUCCGCAAAGUUUACGAGCCGAAAUGAUUGUAAAAGUACACGAAGGUCACCUAGGCAUAGAGAGGUGUAAGAGGCGCGCGCGUGAUGUAAUGUUCUGGCCAGGGCUGUCAGCGGACGUGGAGCGCGCCGUGCGCCGCUGCGAGUCGUGUGCUCUGCAUGCACGGGCUCCCGCGCGGGAACCACUACUUCAACAUAUCGUACCCAAUGCACCUUGGCAAAAACUUGCCUCAGAUAUUUUUGAGUAUAAAAAGAAAUACUAUGUCAUAUUAGUAGACUAUUUUUCUAAUUAUGUUGAAGUUCAAGAAGUAAAUAGUAUAAACAGUAGAACAAUUAUUCACUUUAUGAAGGAACAAUUUUCGAGGCAUGGCAUCCCUAGCGAGCUUGUUACUGAUAAUGGGCCGGCGUAUAGUUCACAAGAAUUUAAAAAAUUUCUUAGGUUAUGGGAGGUUAAGCAUAUGACUUCAUCACCUCAUUACCCCCAGUCAAAUGGGAAAAGUGAGCGCACAGUGCAAACUAUAAAAAAUCUACUCAAAAAAUGCAUCGAUUCUGGGGAUGAUUUCUUUAUAAGUUUAUUGAACUAUAGGAGUACGCCUAGGUAUGGAAUGGAUUCUCCGGCACAAAUUCUGAUGGGAAGACGUUUGUGUACGAAGCUACCGAUUAGUGAUUUUCUAUUAAAUGAAACGAUUGAUAGAAAUAGAAAUUAUAAAAUGUUAAUGCAACAAAGAAAAUAUAAUAAAUUACAGUAUGAUAAGUCGGCCAAGCCGUUGCGGACUUUAUUACCAGGAAAUAAAGCAAUUUUAGUUGAUAACGGAAAUAGGAAACCCGUUUCUAUUAUUAGACCGUCGCAGGAACCACGUUCGUUCAUAGUACAGGAUUCGCGCGGACGCCGAUUGAGGCGCAAUCGCCGUCACUUGAUAGUACGAUAUGCAGACAGCGAUGAAACGCGUCCCGCCGCCUGCGCUCCGAGUGCAAGUAACGCUAAGUCAGCUGAGUUAACGGCCAAGGCUGUAGCUUCAAACCCAGAACAGUUUGACCCUUUGUAUUCGACAGAUAGUAAAACGGAUACGGUAGGUCAUAGCCCAUGCAUUAAUCCUCCAAUAACUAGGUCAAAAACACGACUUAUGGCUAAGAUGAAAUAUGCGAUGAAAGAAAAAAUAUAA